AUGGAGGUGAGAUCUUGCGACAAGGGUAUGGAGAAAUCACUAGAUUUUGUUGCGGUUCAAUCACCAUUGAAACUCGAUCCUGAGUGCUUUGGUUUUUGGAAAGUGUCAAUCAAGCAAGCCAUCUCUAGCAUCGACAUGGAGGCUUGGUUUGCAGUGGAAGAUGGUUGGUCUCAUCCAACGGAAAAGGAUGAGAAAGGGGAAAUGGUUCUUAAGCACAGGAAGAAAUGGACAGCCGAAGAAAAAGCGGAGUCCAAACAUAACUCGCAGGAACUGUCAGUUAUCUUCAAGUCCCUGCCUAGGGCUAUCUUCAAUCAAGUUCAAGGAUGUGAAACUGCCAAGGAAGCAUGGAAUAUUCUGGUAGUCAUGUUUGAGGGCACAAGCAGGGUCAAACGUACAUGGCUGGAUAAUCUUGCAUCAGAUUUUGAAAAUCUUCACAUGACUCAAACUGAGUCAGUCGCUGAUUACAACAGUCGACUGAGUGGUAUUGCACAAGAAGCUGUAGUGUUGGGUAAACGGUAUAAGGACAAGAAGCUGGUCAAGAAAAUCCUCAGAAGUCUGCCUGGUAAAUGA